AUGGCUUCGCAACAAGCGGAAGAGAAGACAUAUCAUCCCCAAGAUGCAAUCGAUGCCGCAUUCAAGAGCACUGCUCUUACAGGAGGAUUUGGCCUGUUUGCCUCGGCCGUUCAAAACACUCUUGCAAAGCAGAAUGUCGGACCCUUAGGUAUCCUCACUCGGAGCGGAGGGACAAUUGCUGCCUUUGCGGCAAUGGGCGGUACAUAUUCCUUCGUGCGAACGGCGUCGGCAAACCUUCGAGAGCAGGAUGACACAUGGAACACAGCAUUGGGUGGAUUCUUUGCUGGUUCAAUCCUCGGAUUGCGAGCACGAACAUUUCCUUCUGUGUUUGGAUACGGAACUGCUCUGGCCGUGACUUUGGCUGCAUUUGAAUAUACCGGAGGCACAUUGUGGGGAAAGAACAAGGAUCAGAACCUGGACAAAUAUGAACAACUAGAAAAGUUACGAAAGAAUUACCGUACUCCGGCCGAGGAGACGAUCGCACAACUGGGCGAGGGACGAGGUAUCUAUGGCCCUGGCUAUGCCGAGCGUCGACGCGAGCGGAUCAAGGAAGCAUAUGGCAUUGACGUUCCAGCAACACCACCGCCGGCGUCGUGA